AUGGAAGAAAUUAUAAAUUUUAAAAUAAACACAGAAAACAUUGCUUUAACCCUUCCCAAUGAGGAUCAAACAGUUAUUCAUAGACUUAAAAGUGAAGACGAUUUUGCUGGUAGAUACAUAAUAAAUCUUAUUAAUAAUGGUUAUUUGUCCUUAGCAGAGCCAGUAAAUGAAAUUUAUCGAAUAGAUGAUGACAAUGAAACUCUCUUGUAUUCAUCAAAUUCAGUUGAAGAUGUAGAUGAAGUAAAUCAUAUUGGGGAAGAAAAUGUAGAAGAGAUUCAAGAUCAAGACGAUAAUAUAAAAAAAGCAGAAUGGACUGAGGCUGAAACUAAACUGCUACUGGAUUUAUAUGAAGAAAAUAUAUCCCGGGUAGGGCCAAUGAAGAAGUAUAAAAAUAAAAAGAAUAUGUGGCAGGAUGUCUCUAAUAUAAUAAAUAAAACAAUUAAAAUCAACAGAACAGCAUUACAGGUAGAAAAUCGUUAUAAAACUGUUUUAAAAAGAAAAAAGGUAGCUGUAGAAAAUAAUAUCAAGACGGGCUCAUUACGUCAAAUUGUACCUUAUGAGUUUGAAUUAAACAAAAUUGGUGCACUGGAUGACAGUAUUGAGCCAGAGGUAUUGGGUAGUGCCUCUGGAAUUAGAAUUUUAAAACCCAUUCAUAAUAUGCCUGUUGAUGCAGAGAGCCUUCCCAGCACAUCAAAGCAAGAAACAUCGAUUUCAUAUAAUAGAAAAAGACCUGUUCUGAAACUUAAAAAAAGGGACACAUUAUCACAAACAUUAACAUUAAUCCACAAAGAAAAGGAAGAAUCGAGAGAAAGGCGCCACAAGGAGAAGCUCGAGCUGCUUAAGGAGUUAUUUAAAAAAUGA